CUUGAAUCUCCCCCCUUCCCCUCCUGCUCUUCCAAACCCACUCAACUUCCCCAUGACAUCUUAACUUCUCUUCUUUUCAACUUUCUCCAUCCCCCACCCUAUUGCUACUUUCUUGGCUACUUCCCCAAGACUUAUAUCCCCGCUACUUACCUUGGUGGUUUUUUUCCUUUUCAUCUGCAUCUAAUUUCAUCCUCUUCUUCGUCUAAAAAAUGAGCUCCAAGGAUCCACAUAGCGGCGUUCCCGCCUCGAGCAAAGGCUCGUGGACAAGUUUCCUUAAGUCUAUCGCUUCCUUCAAUGGAGACCUUUCCUCCCUGACCGCACCCCCUUUCAUCCUCUCCUCCACCUCCUUGACUGAGUAUUCCGCCUACUGGGCCGAACACCCUGCUCUGUUCGUGGCUCCUGCCAAAGAAGCUGAUCCCGAAAAGAGAGCAUUGGCUGUCCUCAAGUGGUUCCUCAGCACACUUCACCAACAAUACUGCAGCCGCAGUGAGAAGCUCGGCAGUGAGAAGAAGCCUCUCAACCCCUUCCUCGGAGAGCUGUUCCUGGGCAAGUGGGACUCGGAUGCAGAGGUUGGUGAGACCAGCCUGAUCAGUGAGCAGGUCAGCCAUCACCCCCCUGCCACUGCCUACGCCAUCCGGAACGAGAAGCACGGUGUCGAACUCCAAGGAUACAACGCCCAGAAGGCAUCCUUCUCUAGCACCAUCCAGAUCAAGCAGAUCGGCCACGCUCUUCUGACUCUCACUCCCCCCGGGGCCGACAAGAACGAUGCCUCCCAGCAGGAGAAAUAUCUCAUCACUCUUCCCGCCCUGCAUAUCGAAUCCUUGAUCUACGGUACGCCGUUCGUCGAGCUUGAGAAGACAACCCGCAUCGCCAGCAGCACGGGUUACAUUGCCAAGAUCGACUACUCUGGCAAGGGUUGGUUGAGCGGCAAGAAGAACACCUUCAGCGCCAUUCUCUACAAGGAGAGCGAGGGUGAGAAGAAGCCCCUGUACACCAUUGACGGUCAGUGGUCGGACUCGUUCGUCAUCAAGGAUUCCAGAAAGCACGAGGUGGAUAGAUUCUCAGUCAAGGAAACCCAGACCACCCCCUUGACCUUGGCACCACUUGACCAGCAAGACCUCUACGAGAGCCGGCGGGCAUGGCGAGACGUGGCGGCGGGCAUUGAGCGAGGCGAUAUGGACGCUGUGUCCGUGUCUAAGUCCAAGAUUGAGAAUGCCCAGCGUGAGCUGCGCAAGGUUGAGAAGUCGGAGGGUCGUGAGUGGGAGCGUCGGUUCUUCAAGCGUGUCAACGAGAGCGAAGAUGAAGCUUUCCAGCAGCUUGGCCCCAAGCUCGGCCUUACCUCCCUGGAGAGUGACAAGACAGGCGGUGUCUGGCGGUUUGACUCGGCCAAGGCAACCGACGCCAAGCCACCUUACCAUGCAACUGGAGGCGAGGGCCUGGGUGUCACUGCAUAAACAGGAUAUUGAUUGCGAAGCUAAUGGCUAGUUCUCCCUUGGUCUGCGUGGUCGGAUAGGGUGGUGAAAUUAGCAGGGAUGAUUACCAUCAUAGAUUGCGUUCUCUUUCUAUUUCUCUUCGUUUUCUCUUUCUUUCCUUGCUCUGUUUCGGGGGUUUUGGUAUCUGUAUAUAGAACAACAGCGAGAACUGGAUAGUUCCUAGACCAAGCCGGCAGAUUACUCUUCUGCUUCUGGUUCGCGGGUCACGUCGACCAUUUGAAGGACAGGUCUUCGUCAGAAAAUGAAUUGAAUCCUGACAUCCAGUCAACAUCCAGUCGGCCACAACAGUGGUCCGAGCGAUUAUUGUUACCUGAUUUUCCAGACUAUUGAUAAACAAUGCAGGCG